ACCAUUGGCUGGCUGACCCACAGCCGGCCAAUCCUGGGCACGGAAGAGUUCAUUGGAAAUCUUGGGACUUUGUGGACACGCGGGACACCAGAUACGAGCUCCCAACGUCGCAACUAAUGCGAGGUGAAAAAAUUUGCUCUUCUCUUCCGAGUCUGUUUGUUCUCGAGUGUUGCCUGUGCUCGUGAGCGGGUUGGAGAAAAGAGGGACGACUGGAAAAUCAUCAUUUGGGAGGUCAAAGGAGAAAAGAAAAUACAGAGGUUAAAUCUAGAAGGUAAGAAAGGAAGGUGUAGGGCUGCAGCUUUGAGAUGGGUGAGGCUGGAGGGGGAACCGAAUGGGCUAUGGGGGGAGGCAGAGGCCACCUUUGGGGAGGUACGGCCAUGCCUGGCCUUAACUCAGGUUGCCCUCCUGGUUCAUCAAAAGGUGGAAGAGAAGAGAGGGAGGGUGCAGAAGAAUAUCAAGUGACAACUGAAGAAACUGAACUCUGGCUAGAGAAGUGAGCCCAAGAGGGUGGAUAACUGCCUGCCUGGUGGUUUUAUUGUUGACUUAUUUCAUAGAAUGCUUAAUGAAUCCUUUUAUUGAGAGGUACUUGGAACCUUAGGAAGAAGGGAUGCCCAAAACAAAAGUUGGGGCGCUGAUGAGAACAACAUAGGUGACCGGAAUGUUUGAGCUAUAUCAGAAUAGUGAUGUCAAAUCUCCUUGGCUGAAUCUACCCCUCUGUACCUCUAGGCCUGUGGUCCCUGCCUGUGCUGGGUGACUAUGUUCUUGGUACUUACGGAGCCGGCUGCCUCCCUGCACUUCUCCCUGCCAGCUUCCUUUCUCCUCCCCAUCCUCAGCCUGCUUGCACUGGUGUCGGCCCAGUUUACUGUCAAGGGACCGGCUGAUCCAAUCCUGACCAUGGUGGGAGAAAACAUCACGUUACACUGCCACCUGUCCCCAGAGAAAAAUGCUGAGGACAUGGAGGUGCGGUGGUUCCGGACUCAGUUCUCCCCAGCAGUGCUGGUUUAUAAGGGUGGGCGAGAAAGAACAGAGGAGCAGAUGGAGGAGUACCGAGGAAGAGCCACCCUUGUGAGCAAAGACAUGAGUAGAGGCAGUGUGGCGCUGGUCAUCCACAAUGUCACAGCCCAGGACAAUGGCAUCUACCGCUGUUACUUCCAAGAAGGCAGGUCCUAUGAUGAGGCCAUUAUGCACCUCAAAGUAGCAGGUCUGGGCUCUCAGCCCUUUGUUGAAAUGAAGGGACAUGAGGAUGGCGGCAUCCGGCUGGAGUGCACAUCUGGAGGGUGGUAUCCAGAGCCCCUGGCAGUGUGGAGAGACCCUUAUGGUAAGGAUGUACCUGCCCUGGAGGAGGCUUACACUGCUGAUACAGACGGCCUCUUCCUGGUGACCAUAGCUGUGAUCAUCAGAGACAGCUCCGUGAGGAACAUGUCCUGCUCUGUCAACAACACCUUGCUCGGCCAGGAAAAGGAAACUGUGAUUUUCAUUCCAGAAUAUUUCACACCCAGCAUAUCUCCAAUAGUUGUGAUCCUGGCUGUCAUCCUGCCUAUUCUCACCAUCCUUAUGGCCGUGAGCAUGUGUUGCAUCAAGAAACUCCAGAGGAAAAAGAAGAUAUUGUCAGAGGAAAAGGAGGUGGAACAAGAAGAAAAAGAAAUUGCAUGGCAACUUCAAGAAGAAUUGCGAUGGAGAAGAACACUCUUACAUGCUGCCGAUGUGGUCUUGGACCCAGACACAGCUCAUCCUGAGCUCUUCCUGUCUGAGGACCGGAGAAGUGUGAGACGCGGCCCUUCCCGCCAGAGUGUGCCUGACAACCCUGAGAGGUUUGACUGUCAGCCCUGUGUCCUGGGCCGGGAGAGCUUCACUUCAGGAAAACAUUACUGGGAGGUGGAAGUUGAAAAUGUCAUGGGAUGGACAGUGGGAGUUUGUAGAGACAGUGUUGAGAGGAAAGGGGAGGCCCUAUUGCUUCCUCAGAAUGGCUUCUGGACCCUGGAGAUGUUUGAAAAUAAGUACCGGGUCCUGUCCUCCCCUGAGAGGAUUCUCCCUCUGAGAGAGCGCCUUUGCAGGGUGGGUGUCUUCCUGGACUAUGAAGCUGGAGAUGUCUCCUUCUACAACAUGAGGGACAGAUCACACCUCUACACAUGUCCCCAUUCAGCCUUUGCUGGCCCCCUGAGGCCCUUCUUCAGGCUGGGGUCUGAUGACAGCCCCCUAUUCAUCUGGCCAGUACUCACAGGAGCCAAUGGUGUCACAGUGCCUGAGGAGGGCCUGAUUCUUCAUAGAUCACAAACCCACCACCUCCCACAAGACCAAUUGCCUGGUCUCCCAGCCAUGUAGGGAAGCCCUCACCCUCCCAGCUGCCACUGUCAGGGCCUCCUGGCUGAGUAUAGGCCUCAUUCCCUCUGGUCAUAUAAGCUGCUUCUUCACACCCAUUUUAGGGCUCAGCCCCAGCUCUCCCCCUCAUCAGGCUGUGGCUUUUUUAUCUCCUCUGCUUGACUGUAUAGGGAAGAUCUGAUGUUAGGCAGUUACUACUGUAACACAGCUGCCAGGCAAGACAAAGUGUGAAAAGAUGGUGGGCAGCAAACCCGCUCCUUUACCAUCAGGGUGACAGUGUCAAUCCUGAUACUCCCGUCAGCAUCAGAUAUGGCGAACAUGGGAUGAGGGCAACAUAAUCCACCAGGAUACAAGAAGAGGAGGGAACCACAUAUGGGGGUCAGAGACAGAGGAAGUGGGACCAGAGAGGUGGGAGAAAGAUCAAGGUUGUAAGUGUGGUUAUGUCUCACCCUGACAGCUAAAGGAGUACUUUGAGAUGACAGACUAUUUCCACCCAACCCCUAAGAUUUCCAGACCACACACCCACAGGCUUAGACCCAGGAAGGAAACGAAUGAAGGAUGCAGAUGCAUGUUGAUCUGGGCUGGCUCAGGUUUCCCUGCGAUAAACAAGGUGUCAGUACUCAGUCAUUGAGCAUUGCUUGAGGUUUGAUGUCCUGCCUGAGUAGUCAACUACUGGACCAGGUCUACCUUAGGGUUCAGGUUGAAAGGGGACAGCAGUGUUAAAGCUUUCUAGUCUCAGGAUGCCUUUAUAUCCUUAAAAAUUAUUAAGUAACCCAAGGAAAUUCUGUUCAUUUGAAUUAAUAUUUAUUAGUAUUUAUGGCAUUCUAGAUUGAAACUGAGAAAAUUUUCUAAUUAUUUAUGA